ACGUGCGCCUAUAUACGAAACCGGCAAAAAAGAGAGCGGGGAGUAAUCGAAGAAGCGCGUCGUCCCACCCGUCUCGCGCCGUGCCUCCUCUCCCCCACGACGCCACGCCACCGCCACCACCCACACUCCACGGCACAGCACCCAACCACACCACCCAUCAGUUGUCCGUCCCUUCCUCCCCGCAGAAGCUUCCCUCCCUCUCGGACAGUCGGAAGAAGCGGGUACUGCGUAUUGCUCUCGAUCUCCAUGGCGUCGGUGAUGCAUCGGUCCAGCUCGGACGGCGGGUCGAGCAGCGGGUGGUCGGACGCCGCGGUGGCUGUCGUGGCGGCGGCGGACGAGAGGGCCGGGUGGGAGGUCCGGCCGAGCGGGAUGGUCGUGCAGGCGCGGGAGGAGGGAGGGGCGCCGCCGCCGCCGCCGGAGAUCAGGGUGCGGGUCAAGUACGGCGGCGCGCGGCACGACGUCGCCGUGUCCCCCAUUGCCACGUUUGGGCAGCUGAAGAAGCUGCUCGCGGCGAGGACGGGGCUGCAGCCGGCGGACCAGCAGCUGACGUACAGGGGCAGGGCGCGGAGCAACUCGGAGUACCUGGACGCCUGCGGCGUGAAGAACAAGUCGAAGUUCGUGCUGGCCGAGGACCCGGCGAGCCUUGAGCGGCGGUACAUCGAGCGGCAGAAGAACGCCAAGAUCGAGAGCGCCAACCGCGCCAUUGGCGCCAUCGCGCUGGAGGUCGACAAGCUCGCCGAUCAGAUAACCAGCAUCGAGAGAUCGAUCUCCAGAGGGAACAAGGUGGCCGAGGUGCAGAUCACGACGCUGAUCGAGCUGCUGAUGCGGCACGCGGUGAAGCUGGAGAGCAUACCCGCCGUGGGGGGCUCCACUGCGCAGAAGGACAUUCAGGAGAAGAGGGUGCAGAAAUGCGUGGAGACGCUGGACGUGCUCAAGGUCUCCAACGCGCGGCUGCAGGCGGUCGCCGUGACGACGAAAUGGGAGACGUUCGACGCGCCGACCACGACGCAGUGGGAGCUGUUCGACUGAAAGCGGAUACUUGUACGUGCACGCUGUUUGUUCUUUCUGUUCUCUCAGUUUUGGCGCCCAUUCGUUGUAAUCAUGGUGAGCCAGUAGGUUAGAUUGUAGAAGAACCAAACCCCACUAUUAAUUGUCUGUAAUCACCACCAUACCUCCCACUCGAAACUCGAUUGAUCGGUCUAAUAAAGGAAAAUCAGCACUGUUCUUUUGUGUA